GGCAUGGUGGGGCACGACCCCACGUUGAAUUAUCUUAUCUUUUUCACUCGAAGAAUUCUCAGACGUAAGGCCUCACGCCCUCACUCACAACACAGCUUGAAAGCUUCCUAAUCAUGGGGAAAUCAAGGCGAAAUAGGAACCGGGCUAACCGCUCUGAUCCCAUAACAAAACCUGUCAAGCCUCUGUCUGAUCCGGAACUGGUUGCGCUUCGAGAAGCCCGCAUUCUUCCCGUGAUCAAGGACUUACAGAGUCCCGAGCCCAAGUCACGAACGGCGGCGGCCGGAGCUAUUGCAAACAUCAUCCAGGAUGUGAAGUGCCGGAAACUGCUCCUUCGAGAGCAAGUGGUUCCCAUCAUUCUCACCCAGACCCUUACGGAUAACAGCAUUGAAAGUCGGGCCGCUGGGUGGGAGAUAUUGAGGGUCCUGGCCCAGGAGGAAGAGAGUGACUUCUGCGUUCACUUAUACAGACUCGAUGUCCUCACUGCGAUCGAACACGCUGGCAAGAUUGUGGUCGACGCUUUAGCCGCCUCAGAGCCGCCCUUCGGCAAGACGCCCAAGGCACGGCAGCAGGUCGUCUGGGAUAUCUCCGCGGCACUGGUCUCACUUUUGACUGCUCUGGCUGUUGCCAGAGACGAGGCCCUAGAGACCAUCGUUGCCAAUCGAUCAAUUCUUCACUUUCUCUUCGUCCUGGCUACAAAUGAGGCAACAUCCCCAGAUCUCCUAGACGAGGUUUUCUCGUGUUUAAUGACGCUGUCUGAAGAGAACCUCGACUUCGGGCAAGCUGCCAUUGACGACCGAGACACUCGUUUCUAUGAGCAUCUUCUGAAAUUCAAGGAAGGGACCGGCUCGAGAGCAGUAGCUGCCUGCGGGGUCCUCCACAAUAUCUUCUACUCGUUGCAAUGGCAAGACCACAGCCCUGGCCAAGAUGGCGCAUGUGAUGCCAUCCUCAUCCCAGUUCUAGCAAGAGUUUUAGGUCAAACAUCGUUACGUCAACAGACAACAAACGGGACCCAUGGCUCAAGCCCAUCUGAGGUGUUGGAGCUAGCCUUGGAGAUCCUGGCUUCAAUAGGGACGGACCUACAAAGCACCCUGGAGAAGGCGAACAGUGCGGGAGACGGUGGGAAGGCCAAGGGGGAAUGGAAUGAAAUCGACGAUGCCGAUGCCGAUGCCGAUGCCAUGGACGAAGAUGACGCAGGUGUCGAGAUCGAGGGUGAGCAGUCGGCCGACGAAGACGAUAAUGAAGACGAUAACGACGACGAUAGCGAAGAAAUGGACCAAGACGAGAUGGAAGCCGACAUGGAGAUGGUAACCGGAACAGAUCACGAGGAGUCGGGUGCAUCUGGUAUAAAUGCCCUGCCGACUCUCAGGGAGCUGGUACAAAAGGCAACCCCCCAAAUGAUCAAAUGGUCACAAAUCCCACUGGACAGCGACGAAGCAAUUGCUGUGCAGGGCCAUGCCUUGUCGGCACUCAACAACCUUGCUUGGACCAUGUCGUGCUUCGACUUCGCCAACGGCGAGAACGCCGGAAUCUACAGCCUAUGGGCUCCAGCGGCGAAGAAAAUCUGGUCGAACACGGUGGCACCUAUUCUUGCGUCAGACACCGCCGAUGUCAACCUUGCGAGCCUGGUUACAAGUCUGGCAUGGGCCAUUGCUCGCAGCGUAAACGGCAACGUGCCCUUGACAGGCGACGAGUAUCGGAAGUUCAUGACCCUCUAUCAAGCCUCGAAGAGCCUUGACCAAGAGAACGUGGUAGGGUCGGGCGAGGCUUCGGAAGGCCCCGAAGAUCCCUUCCAGGGCAUUGGAGUCAAAUGCAUCGGGGUCCUCGGGCAACUCGCACGAGAUCCCGCACCGGUUGCCCUCAACCGAGAAAUUGGCGUCUUCCUGAUGGUUGUGUUGAACGGCCUCCCAGAGACCCCUGCAGCGGACGCCGUAGAGGCUCUCAAUCAACUGUUCGACAUGUACGGGGACGAGACCCUCGAAUACGACAAGGAAGUGUUCUGGAAAAACAACCUCCUCAAGCACCUGGAAGAGAUCUCACCGAAGGUAAAGUCGAUGGCCAAGUCGAUCGACAAGAGACGAUUUGGCGAGCUGAGAUCAAGGGCGGAUGAGGUGGUGCUGAACCUCGGAAGAUUUAUAAAGUACAAGCAAAAGCACGCACCAUAGACGGCGCCCAGCAACCACCUCUCGGUGUGAAGGUUUCCAAGCUUCACUCUAGCUGGGGUGCCUAGCUAGGUAACUAGACAUGAAGCGCUUGGCUAUGACGCGGCGCCGCCUGGAUCACAUAAUCUUGGUUGACUAUAGCAAAGAAGCUGGGUAUGCCAUUCCGUCGGAUUUAUACAAGGACAAGAAAUUAGGCAGAUCGCGAUCCCGUCAUGAUUGGAUUUUGUUUGCACCCUCCUCCACUGCUAGUAUAGUCCAUGACAUUGGCCACGGUAGCCAUCAGCGGCGACGGCGCCAGAACAGACCAACGGAGCGAGAUGCGAUUGCCCUUCCAUCAUGGUCUUGAAUUGCGAACAAGAGAGAUUGUGCCUCGCAAGUUGGGAGUCUCAGGGUAGGAAACGACGG